GCAAACGCCUGACUGACACAGACCGGGCACCUAGCAAAGUAGCGAGAUGGCCGACGAAAUACCUGUUGUCCCGAAAGUUACAAGUUUAGUUGUUCACAGUGGGAAUAUUGUCAACUGGAACAGAUUAAAACGGAAACCAAAUCAGACACCGUCAGAGGAGCUGGUGGAAUGUGUUUCAAAUUCUCUGGAAAGUUACUUCACAGGAGCAGACAAAAAUGAACUGCAGUAUGCAACAGAGCUGGACUGUGCCCACUCAGAGUUUAAGAAGACCCUGCCUAUUAACCCUGAUGAAAGAAGUGACCUUAAACUCACUGUCAAAAUAUUCCUUUGUCGGAUGAUGCGCCCAGAGGUCAUCAAGGAGGCAGUAGAGAAUGUGUUGUUGGAGCUGAACUCAUCUAAUGUGGAUGUGGUGCUUUUGGCUUUCCCUGAGCUGGACGAGGAAGGAAUCACAUUAGAAACCAUUAAACCAUAUUGGAAUGUCCUGCAGGAUCUAAAUGUGACACGUGUAGUCCAUUUCUUAGGCAUAUCUGACCUUGACAAGGUCGUCCUAGAAGAGCUGUUUAACUGGGCAACAGUAAAGCCCACAAUCAAUCAGGUGAAUCUCGAGUCGUGCUGUGUAAUGCCUAAGGACAUGACAGAUUAUGCCAAGGAAAACGACAUCCAGCUUCUCACUCACAAUGACCCGCGAGACAUCCUGACCAACGACAAGGUGUCACAGCUGGUGUCAGCCAGGUGUACAGAGAAGGAUGGUGAAGGAUGGGAAUCGGAUUGGGCCAUACGAUUCUCAGUAAUGGUCAGGUGUCGCGGUAUCAUCAAAACAAAGGGAUAUAUUGUGAAAGCAUCACGAGACACAACGAAAAAGAAGAGUCAACAAUUGUUGCUGUAGAAGCUAUUCCAUCUCUACAUCUAAACCUUUACAGUCUCUUAGUAUCAUAGGUGUUAAUACAUCUAGUUAAACCUUUACAGUCUCUUCGUAUCAUAGGUGUUAAUACAUCUAAUUAAACCUUUACGGUCUCUUAGUAUCAUAGGUGUUACUACAUCUAGUUAAACCUUUACAGUCUCUUAGUAUCAUAGGUGUUAAUACAUCUAGUUAAAC